AUGGCCUCCGAGACGGACACCAAGGCGCGCCCCCGCGUCUUCUUCGACAUCUCCAUCGGCGGCAAGCCUGCCGGCCGUGUCACCAUGGAGCUCUACUCCGACCUCGUCCCCAAGACGGUCGAGAACUUCCGCGCCCUCUGCACCGGCGAGAAGGGCCUCGGCAAGUCGGGCAAGCCCCUGCACUACAAGGGCUCAAUCUUCCAUCGAGUCAUCAAGCAGUUCAUGAUUCAGGGUGGUGACUUUACGGCCGGCGACGGCACCGGCGGCGAGUCCAUCUACGGCGCCAAGUUCGAGGACGAGGCGUUCCCCCUGAAGCACGAGAAGCCCUUCCUUCUCUCCAUGGCCAAUGCUGGUCCCAACACGAAUGGCUCGCAGUUCUUCAUCACAACGGUUCCGACGCCCCACCUCGACGGCAAGCACGUCGUGUUCGGCGAGGUGCUCAAUGGCAAGUCGGUUGUGCGCCAGAUCGAGAACCUCCAGACCCUGUCCGGCGACAAGCCCACCAAGGACGCCGUCAUCGCCGACUGUGGCGAGCUCACCGGAGAUGCCGCUCUCGCCGCCGACAUCAAGCAGCCCGAUGCCAUGGGCGACCCGUACGAGGACUUCCCCGACGAUGUCAACGAGCAGCUCGACGCCAAGAAGAUCCUGAAGAUUGCCACCGACUGCAAGGACUACGGCAACAAGGCCUUCAAGGCGGGCAACCUCAGCCUCGGCCUGACCAAGUACGAGAAGGGCCUGCGGUAUCUGAACGAGGACCCCGACCUGGACGAUGAGCCGCCCACCACCAAGCAGAGCCUCGACGCCGUGCGAUUCUCCCUCAACAGCAACUCGGCCCUCCUGAGCAUCAAGCUGGAGUCCUGGGACGAUGCCGUCAGGUUCGGCACAUCCGCCCUCGCCGUUGCUGGCACCGCCGACGCGGACCGCGCCAAGGCGUUCUACCGCCGCGGCUUCGCCUACGUGCGCAUCAAGGACGAGGAGGCCGCCAUCAAGGACCUCGAGGAGGCGCACCGCCUCGCCCCCAGCGACGCCCUGGUCUCCAACGAGCUGGCGGCGGUCAAGGCCAAGGCGGCGGCCCGGGCGGCCAAGGAAAAGGCUGCGUACAAGAAGUUCUUUUCGUAG